UCUAAGUGUUUUAUUUCCGCAUCGUUCAGACCGAGUGGCUCCACAAUGUACUGCAGCAACCUGAGACUGUUGAAGCAAUGGCUCCACUGCCUAACUACUAGUGAGAAACAAAACUGGAUCGAUACGGUGGGCGGGCUGGGCUGUAUCGUGAACACUCAUUGCAGCCACAGAAUUUGGCUGAACUUGUCGGCGAGCGAAGUGAGCCCCAUCUGGAAGUCUGAAUGCGGAAUUUUCUGUAACGGUGAAUGAACCCACGGACCAACAUGUUUAGUUCAACUCCACUUCAAAGCAACAUUUUCAAACUCUUCAAGAACAUUG